CCCUGUACACACACACAGUAUUGAUCCUGAUGGUGGCGAGGACGGGGAUGGAGGAAAACAUCACAGAGAAAGAGGUCCAGAUACACCCAGAAGCUGCUAACAGAAACCCAACAUACGGUACCCAAUACUAUGGUACUGUUGCAGCUACCAUGGGGGGACUGGCCAUGGGGACUCUGCUGGGGUACUCAUCUCCGGCUGGUCCACACCUGAUGGCCAGCACCAACAACAGAUCUCGGGUAUUGAGUAACUCAACGGGGCAGCCGCUGCAGCUAAGCCAGGCGGAGUACAACUGGUUCUCGUCGUCAGUCACUCUGGGAGCUGCUGCUGGUGCCCUGAUGGGCGGCCUGUGUAUCAACUCAAUAGGCAGGAGAGGCACCAUGUUGAUCUUCUUCGUGCCCUACCUGACUGGGUGGGCCCUAGUAGCUGCAGGUGGGAGCUUCGGCAUGAUGGUGGUGGGGCGGGUGAUGUCAGGCGUCUGCAUGGGCAUAACUUGUGUUGCGGUACCCACCUACAUCGGGGAAAUCGCUUCCGCUGAGAUCAGAGGCGUUCUGGGAAGUGGCUUUCAGUUGAUGGUAACCUUGGGCAUCUUGAUGGCAUAUGUGACGGGAGCGGUUGUCACCAGCUGGACGUGGUUAGCGGCUGUGUGCACUCUUCCCACCGUUGUCCACGCCAUCAUGCUGUGCUUCACCAAGGAAUCUCCUACCUUUUUUGUCUCUAAGGGAAAUACUGAGGAGGCGGUUUCAUCUCUCCAGUACUUCCGAGGACGUCACUACGACAUCAUGCCAGAGCUCAACAUAAUCUCCAAGUCACUUGAAGAAGCCAAGCUCAACAAUGCAUCUAUAUGGGACCUCCUGAAGCCCUACAACUUGAAGCCUCUCCUUAUUUGUCUCUCUAUCUUGUCCUUCGCACAGUUCUCAGGGAUAACACCUGUUCUCUUCAACUUAUCAACUGUAUUUAAGGACUCGGGGAGCAAGAUGUCAGAGAACGCCAGUGCCAUCAUCGUCGCUGGGGUUCAGGUACUGGCAACUCUGGUCGGUGCUCUGCUCAUGGAUAAGGCUGGUAGGCGAUUCCUCCUCGCCAUCUCGUCUGGCUUCAUGUGUGUUUCUGUUGUGAGUCUGGGGGCGUAUUUCUACGUAAAAGAGCAGGACAGCAAGUGGGCGGUGGAGACUUUGGGUUGGCUCCCGCUCACCUCCCUCAUCAUCUUUGUUUCCGCGUAUUCCAUCGGCUUCGGUCCUACUGUCUGGGUCCUGAUGGGUGAACUGUUUUCACCUGAAGUGAAGGAAGCCUCAGCGAGUAUAGUCACAGUGGUGAACUGGCUUACAUCCUUCACCAUCACCCUCACCUUCCUCCCGCUGCAGACGGCCUUGGGAGACUACAGCGCCUUCUGGCUCUUCGGUGGGGUGUGUCUUCUGGCCUUCUUUUUCACCCUCCUGCUGGUGCCAGAGACCAAGGGCAAAACGCUGCAGGAGAUCACUGCGCAAUUCGGAAAUCGGAGUUCUAUCGACUAGAGACACCAGCAUCAAGCAGAGUAAAUACAACUUCAAGCAAUCGAUGCCGACUGAAGACUCCUACUGGUCGGUGACAUUUUUAAACCUCUUUUUAAAGAUGAAGAGUGACUUCAAAAAGCGGCUUAUGGAACACUUUCUUAAUGAGUUGUAAGCCCUGAUAACAAGCACGAAGCAAGUGUAGUUCGGGGAUUGACAAAUAAUCACAAACAAAAGCGAGAUGUGGAUAUUCAUGAACCACAUGUGGACCUUGUGCCUAUACUGGAAACAUAUCUUGCAACUCUACACAAGCUGGUGAAAAACUCUGCCUUAAACAAUCAGUAAGGUAUUGUAGGGUAUUCGUACUCAACUGAAUAAUUCUACAUUACCUGUUUAAGUGUACAGUCACCUCCAAAAUCCGCGUCUCCUUCAGAACGAGUCAGUAUCAACUCUAAAUGAAGUAAUGCAGCACGAGCAGUGUUGGGGUCCUGAACUACACACACCUGUGAGUAUUCUUGGUUACAAUGUCCCUUACCUGAGGAUGUUAUACACAUUUCCUCUAACAUUUUGUUCUGGAUGUAAUAGUAAAAAAAUAUGAACGAAAAAUGUAUUGACUUUUAGAUAAUGAACACAUCUGGAUAUGGUGCCACCGCAUAUUUUGCCCCCGACGGCCGUGGCAGGCAUUUUCCAAAAUGGCGGUCAGAAACGUCACUUCAAGACAUAUUGUGGGACUAAAAUAGUUGCAGUUGACAUUCUAAGGCGCUAAAAGACAAGGACAGAGGAGAUAAACCAAAAUCAAACAUGGUUUUAUUCCGUCAUUGGUAAAUACAGUAGGUGAAUUUGCAAGUACAGCGAGUUGUGGAGCAGUAUUCGCCAAUCUAGGAAGUCAAUGAUGGGAGCACAGUCCUUCACACACACACAUACAGUACUAUGCAUUCAAGUGCAGCCUUUUUGCACUUGCAGCCCUUCACACAUCCCUUCUUGCAUCUGCACGAGACUUUAGCUCAUAACAGGUGUGGGCAGCCUCAGGUAGUGUCGUCCAAAACGGUGUGUACAAGCCUUCUGCAUUCUUCGUCUAGCCCCAGCUGGUUGGUGGAGGCAGCUGUGGUGAUGGUACCAGGGUUUGGCCCCAGACAUGACCCCCCUGGUAGGCUGCCCUUUUAAUAUGCUCCCCUAAGGCUGCCUUUGUUGGUGGAAUCAGCUGCACGUUGUUCUCUUUGGCGAAUAACUUCCUUCGCGCCUUGUUGAUGUCCAUGCAUGAGCUGGUUCCGUCAUACAGGAGGAUAACGAACCUCUCGAUGAUGUGCACGACAUCUUCUGGUAUGACUUUUGAUGCAGCAGAAGGCUUCAGCAGCGCCUCUGUCAGCUCUGGGUAGACAGCCCAUAUUGCCCAGGCAUUCUUUUUACCAUGGCCAGAAAAAGUAGACACAGUGUCGCACCCUGUCAGGGCAUGGAACAUUGGCAGUGCCAGCGCCUUCUCUGGUCCCAGACAUGCUGCCAUUUCGUGAGCUGCAGUGAAUUAAACUCCACUGCCAACAUACAGUCACACCCAGCAGGGCAAUUAUGUAAAAUAUCAGUAAUUGUUGGUGGUCAUUUUGGAUGAUGGCUGCAACGACCGUCAGCAGCUAAAUCUGCGGUGGCACUGUGGCGUACUGAAUGUGGCCAGUAGAUAUCUCACGCUCAGGAUGAGGUAGGAGAGAAACUCACAAUGCGUUUUCUUUAUAUAUUGUAAGUACAGUGCUCAGAGGUCCUGUUGGGUGAGUAGCAUGCUGAGGGGAGUUGCUGUGCAGGAGCUUCGUUAGAGGAGGUGUUGCGUGUUGCUGGCCUCCAGGUUGAAUUCCUCUACACAGCGAGAAUGGGAGCUUAUAUACACGUCCAGCGGACGUGGAACGGAAGUACAAGUUGCCGGUGUCGACCCCCCACCCCUCCAUGUCUAGACUCGUCAGAGAAACUGGCGCGACUCUAGGCGACUAGGCUUUGGCAGAACUCCGUUGCUAUGGGAUGCGGCUAGGCUGUUAUAGGGGAGAGUAUCCACUACAGCACCAUAUCCAGAUCUGUUCACUAUAUAUAAGUCAACAUGUGUGCCAAAUUUGGUGCUUUUAUCACAAAAUGCGCAAUUGGUUAAAAUAGUGAGGUUACGCCAUGCGACUACUAGUGAAGAUGGCAGGUUAUUGAAGUUCUCAAGGAAGAAUGUCAUUCUUCAUACAUAUGCAAAUUAUGCCCUUGAUCACUAUUAAAACAGAAAUUUAAAUAUAUUUUACAUGGAUGUCGGUAACAUGUUUAUACGUGAAUCUGUAUUACAUAAAAUAAACGAUGCAACAUAUACAAAGGCUCUUAUUUUUCAAUUGAAAGGCGCAAUAAAAGCCCCUUAUGCACAAGCUACAACAAACAAUACCGUAAUAUAUAGUCAUAGUAGAUACAACCCAAGUGACAUCUUAUCAUACCAUGAACCCAUCAAAAUGGCACCUUACCAG